CCGGGAGCCGCCUGUUGAUCGCCGCGCUCGCCCCGGCCGCGGCGCCGCCCCUGCUCGGCCGGCCCCCGCUCCCUCGGGGCUGACGGACGGACGGCCCGCACCGACGGCUCCGGGAUGGCCGCACGGACCGUAGUAUUCUGAAGUCUCGGGAAGCUGGCCCGUUUAGAUGUUCACGGCCCAUGAGAAAGGCACAUAAGAAGCCAUGGCACUCCCUUUCCAGAAAGAGCUGGAGAAAUACAAGAACAUUGACGAAGAUGAGCUUCUUGGCAAACUCUCAGAAGAGGAACUGAAACAGUUGGAAAAUGUUCUUGAUGACCUAGAUCCCGAGAGUGCGAUGCUGCCAGCUGGAUUCCGACAGAAAGACCAGACACAGAAAGCAGCCACUGGCCCAUUUGAUCGUGAGCACCUCCUCAUGUACCUGGAGAAGGAGGCUUUGGAACAGAAAGACAGGGAAGACUUUGUGCCCUUCACUGGAGAAAAGAAAGGGAGAGUCUUUAUUCCCAAAGAAAAGCCCAUAGAAACGCGUAAAGAAGAAAAAGUGACCCUUGACCCAGAACUGGAAGAAGCUUUGGCCAGCGCUUCUGACACUGAACUCUACGAUCUUGCAGCUGUUCUUGGAGUACACAAUUUGCUCAACAAUCCAAAGUUUGAUGAAGAAACGGCCAACAGUAAAGGUGGCAAAGGGCCUGUGAGAAAUGUGGUCAAAGGUGAAAAGGUCAAGCCUGUAUUUGAGGAACCACCCAACCCCACAAAUGUGGAAGUAAGUCUGCAGCAGAUGAAAGCCAAUGAUCCCAGCCUACAAGAAGUCAACCUCAACAACAUUAAGAGCAUUCCAAUUCCGACCCUGAAGGAGUUUGCGAAGGCUCUGGAAACCAACACUCACGUAAAGAAGUUCAGCCUGGCUGCAACCCGCAGCAACGACCCUGUGGCCGUCGCUUUUGCAAAUAUGUUGAAAGUAAACAAGACCUUGAAAAGUCUAAACAUAGAAUCCAAUUUUAUCACUGGAACGGGGAUCCUGGCCCUGGUAGAGGCACUGAGAGAAAAUGACACCUUGACAGAGAUCAAGAUCGACAACCAGAGACAGCAGUUGGGAACAGCCGUAGAGAUGGAAAUUGCCCAGAUGCUCGAGGAGAAUUCACGGAUCCUCAAGUUUGGAUAUCAGUUUACCAAGCAAGGACCACGAACAAGGGUGGCAGCUGCCAUCACAAAGAAUAAUGACCUGGUUCGUAAAAAGCGAGUUGAAGGAGACAGAAGGUAAACUUCACAAGAAGAGGCGAAGUUUCACCAUGGCAGCAAUUUAAAAACAAACAAAAACUCUUCUCCUUCCCCAUGGGGACCAUUUUAUCAAAGGUUGUUCAUUUCCGUUAAUUGCACAACUAAUAAUUUAAUUGUUACUCUUUUUUAGCACUACUUAUUUAUCUUGGAUUUUUUAACAUAUAUAAUUGUUUUAUUUGCUCAUGGGCACCUCUGGCACCUUGCACCAGUGGACUUGUGCAGAUCUUAGUGGGUGACAACAAUCGAAAUUAUUUAACCACUUGUCAUAUUGGGUUAUCUUGCUUUCUUACAUGAACUUUUUUUUUUUUAACCACUGCAAGGAAUUUAGUAUGUAAAUGUCUUUGUAACUGUGAUUAUGAUAGAGGCCUAUCUCUGUUUACAUACAUAGCUUUGAGUUAGGCUAAAGACGUCAGAAGUAUUCUGCUGACCACGUAAGAAGUUAGUAUUGCCAAUGUUUCACUGGGUGAGAAAAUGUGACCAACUUAGCACAAAUUCUCCCUCAGUUCCAGAAAAAUCGCUCAGUGCACAUGGCCCACUGAUUGAAGGUCAGUGGUGUUAUCUUCCUAAAAGCUAGACAGCAUUAUGAUACUUUAACACAGCAUUAGCAAAGAAGUAUAAAAUAUUUAUUAACCCACGAAUAUAGCUUUAAGCCAGACUCACCGGUAGCAAAAUGAAUUAGCACACCUACCGUUACUGAUUAUUCAGCAUAAAUUCGAUCUUUGACAUCACUCUAUGGAUAACUUUUUACAAAGCUGUUUUCAAGUUUUCCAGACAUGAUGGGAAAUUUUUAAAUUUUAGUGAGGGAGGCUUUUAAAACAGUACAUUCCUAAAUAAAACAAUAAUUGCACGUUAAGGUUGUCUGAUUCACAUGACUGCAUUAUUUUGGCAAAUUUUAGAAGCAUUUAUUGCUUUAUCUUUAGUGUGUUAACAAGAUCACAGGAUGAAAUGUCAACAUUCAAGUUAAUUAUACAGAUUUCUGCCCACAUGGCGUGAGCCAUCCACAUGUGUGCAAACAUCAGUAAAAAAUGUGAAUGAUUGCUUAUCCAGAUGUUUGUCAUCUCAAGGAUAAAGCCUGUGAAAGUACAACCGAGAUGAUUGUAUGGUAGUAUGCAGUAAUCUUUUCAUCUAGCAGAGCAGCAGUGAAGAAACGUGACUGCAGCCUGCGCCUCAGGCUCACAUGUCUUUGAUAACUGUCCGUACCUGAGGCUGUAAUUGGUGGCACUCUGACACUGCCUUCAUCACUUCUUCCUCCCUUCUUCCUUCCCUUCCUUGCACCUCUCUCUUUUUUCUUCUUUUCUCUGUCAUUCCAAGCCUUGGUAAAGGUGACAUCGCUUGUGCUGGUGACACCUGGAGCAAAAGAGAUCCCUGACUCAGGCAGAAGGGAGGCCCAAUCCAGAAUUUGUUUAGUAAUUGAAUGCUCCUGAGUUGCUUCAUAGCAGUAAAACAAGUUAAUAGGAAAAUAGUUCAUCUAUUAUUCUAGUUAGCUUAUAGAGCACAUGCAAACUGUUCAGGAUAGAUAGCCUUUAUAAAAUUGGAUAUUUGCCUAUAUUAUAAGUACCCACAUCUGUAUCUCUAAAAUCCUUUGAAACAUCUUAUUUUCUUGAGAAUAUUUUACACUUUUUGAAGAAAGGAUGAGCAGAACAUGUUGACAUUUUGGAACCUAAAAAUUCUUUAAUUCGUUUUCUACUACAUCUCUCUAUCUAUAUAUUUUUAAAAAAUCAUAGUAAAUAUUAUUUUAUGGUUUCAGUCUGAUUUUUCCUUCCCUCUUACUCAGUUAGGUAUGAUAUAUUAGAGCUGACUCGUAUAGGCUUAUCAAUUAUUAAAUUUCAAGAAUUUUGCAAACUGGCUGUAAACACAGCCAUUAUUAAAAAUUAAAUGACAUAUGCUUACAAUUAAAUACAUUAGGUUAAAAACAAAAGUAAUACUCAAAAAUACAUUUUACUGUUUUCUGUGCUCUUGGGAUUAUUUGCACUUAUUGUGUCUGUAUCGCAGAAAUACCAUAUGAUGGUAUACUCUUGUACAUCUCCUUCCAUCUCAGAAGUUCACAACUUCUUAUUGGUAGUUAUAAAUUGGCCGUAGUGGGAGUAUUUAUACCAUGGAAAUUAGCAAAUGUUACAAAUCAGGGCUUUCUUCCCCCCUAGGUUGCUGGUUGAUAAACAUUCAUUAGCACACCACUGGGUGAAAUGUGUACAAUUCUUUUUUUGUAUACAUGUUUUGGUUACCAUGUUGCCAAAGGGAAGAACAUUUCUGUUAUGUGUCUUUCUCCUCUGCUUUAGAUUUGUUGCAGAUAUGUUUAAGUCCUGAGUCCCUGACAUGCCCCUCAAAGUAAGACUUCUUUUCUUUUCUGGUUCACUCUCUUCCUUGCCCUCACUCCUAAGAAAUCUUGGAUCCUAUAGAGUAUUCUUGGCAGCCCCAAGGUGCUGUGGACUGGGGCUAAAGCAGUUCCUACCUAACGAACCCUGGCAGAAAGCGAGGGGAGAAAAAUCAGAAUUGGAUAGUGACUCUGCUGCAGUUGUUGGUAGUAUCAAAGCAAAAUAGAGACCUUAUCAAAAUUUAACAGUUUUUAGCUUGUAAAAUAGUUGAGUCAUAUAGUAGUAUCUGUGAAAUCAAAUAUUUAUUACUAAUCGGUUUAUCUUAUCAUUACCUGUGUUUUUAAAGUAGCUUCAAAGGUAGCGUUUCCAUGAGUACUCGUAUAUUAAAGAUAACUAUUAGGAGAUAAACUUACGUUUUUGGGAGCCUGUGACUCAUUUAAAUAGCCUAGGACUUAAUUUCCUCAUCUGCCCAAAGUGUGUCAGUAGGAGCUCUUUAUGAUCAUGAGCAGGACUAAUCCUUUACCAUCCAUCAAGGUGGGGCAUAAUGUACAUAAAAUAUUUUUAUGUGUAUGCAUUUCGCCAGAUAUUAUGUUGAGAUAUUUGACAACAUCUGGACAACUGACUGAAGGGAGAUCUUCUCUCCCCAGACCACCUCCUUUCCCCUGUGAGGCUUGUACAGGCCCACACUAAGUGUACAGUCACUCCCCUGGACUUGCAGGCUCUGUCACCAACACCCAUCCCAGCAUAUGUAGAAGAUGACUUUUAGGAGAUAAUUCUGCAAGUCUAGAGAUCAUAUAAUUAGUCCACACCACAUCCCCCAUCUGCCUGAAGUGUAUAAUAGAAGCUGUUUUAUCCUCAUCAGCAUGAUUAAAUCCCUUCCUUUCAUCUUUGUAGGGCAUAAUGUAAAUAAGUGUGUGUGUGUGCAUGUGUGCGUGAGUCUUGCCAAAUACCUAAAUAUCUAAAGAGGUAUUUGGCUACAUCUGGACCACUGAUUGAAGGGAGAUGCUCUCUCCCCAGCUCCAUUUCCCUUAUCCUUUUUAGAGUUGCUGCAGGCCCAGGUAAAAUGUGAUAUUACUUCCUGGAGUUUGUGGCUUAGGUCACCAACCACCAAAUUACACAGCACGUAUAGAGGAUAACUCUUAGGGAAUACAUAUUAGAAGCCUGGAGAUCUUUCUAUUGUUCCAGCACUGAAUCUCUCCAUAUGCCUAAAGUGUAUAAGUAGAAGUGCUUUCAUCUUCAUCAACAUGAUUAAGGUCCUUCCUUCCAUCUUUGUAGGGCAUGUUGUAUUAUAAAUAUUUUGUACCUAGAGAUCACCAAAUACUAUAAGCGGGUAUUUGGCUAAAGCUGGACAACUGAUUGAAGGGAGAUGCUGUCUCCCCAUCCCUCUUCCUUUACCCCUUUCAGAGUUGCUGCCGGCCUAGGUUAGAUACAGAAUCACUAACCUGGAGGGGCACAUGCAGCUCACCCGUCUUAGAGCACGCAGUUUCAUCUUACAAGAAAAGCCCAUCUCCAUUUAAAAACUCAGAGAUCAUCCCAAUGCCUAUACUCCUCAAAACAAUUUCCCUAAGGGGAGCCUGGCACACCAAACCAAAAAGAACAACUGCUUCUCUUCCAGACAGAAAUAUGGCCCCUGGCAGGGCACCAGUGUGGGGGAAACCAGUGUGCUCUGAACAACUGCCAUGAGAACAUUUCAGACACUCACUCUUGAAACUGGUGUUAAGCAUCAGCGUGCUUUAGGUGUAAGAGAGCCCUUUAAAUUUACAAGAGUUUGCAGGUAUUUCCUUUUUUCAUGGCCAUGAUGUGCUUAGCUCUCUUCUAGGCACUGUGAAGGAGACAGAGGGAGUAUAAGAACUCUGGAUUGAUGUAAUUUGAUAUGUGUUUCUGGGGUAGAGUGCCUUUUCCAAAGUGGAUACCAUCUUUAGUUCAAGUAUCCAUAGCAUCAGCAAAAAUGGGCAGGGGGCAGUAAGUUGAGAACACUGGGUUCUGUGGUAUGUUACCUAUGCUCAGUUAUAACUGUUUCUGGAGUCGGGUUUUAAGUCAUGAUCCUGAAGCUUCCUCUCUUCCACUAAUGAUGCAAUAAUCGCUAUUUUCAUUUUACUGAGCAGAGAACUAAGAGGGAAUGUUUUAGCUCUGCCUUCCAGUAGCAGUUUCCCCUUAACUGCUCCUCGUUUCAAAUGUCCCUGUCACUCACCAGGCCAACCUGAAAGCUGAAGGACUGAGCCACAUGCAAAAAAGGUGUGAGAAUGCUUGGAAGCAUCAGGCUGAGCCUCCUGGAAAAUCACAUGAUCAGGCCUCCAGGUAACAAGCUGGAAAGAGAAAAGUGCCCAGAACGGCAAGGAUGUUUCCUUGCUGCCAACUUUAGAUCAGAUUGGAUCUUGUUUUGUGGUUCAGGAGUUUAGUAAAGUGGUUCAGGCUGAGUGAGGUGGGGAAGGAAAGGGUAAUGAAAGGUUUUAAUUUGCUUAAGGGCAGAAGCCAGCUCUGCUCAGCUUACCUCUUUCCCAUCUGCCCAUAACAGCAAUGAUUAAACAUUCAGUAGAUGGUUGGAGUAGGAGUUCCAAGGUUUAAAUUUGUAACCUGCCUCUGGGUACUGUUCAAGGGAGGCUGUACACUUGCCAAAGGUUCUCCGAGUUUUGUGAUGCAUCAUUGACUUGGGAGAGGCUGAAGGAGGCUAUACUGUUCUCUGACGUCUUCCGUGGUAGUCAUCUGAGCACAUUGGUUCUGCUAGUUGGUAUGGUGGAAAGGCACCAUACUAGCAGAUUUGGAGACCGACUCCUAAUCCCAUCGCCAACACUUAGCAGGUAUAUGAACAUGGGCAAUUCAUUCAAUUGCCUGACAAUUAUAGACUACAUAGGGGAAAGAGCACUGGAUUUGGAGUCAAGAAACCUGGACACUUGGCUCCACACUUUCUUAGCUGGGUGGCUUUGGGGCAAGCCACUUAGUCUCUCAAACCUAAGGUUCUUCAGCUGUAUUAUAAUGGGAAUAAUGUCUUCACUAACUACCUCACAGAGUUGUGGUGAGAAUAUAAUCAGAUAAUGGGAUGAAAACACUAUACUGGAAAGGGCUAUACAAAAGUGGGAGAUCAUUUUUGUUAUCUAUUCACUAAUGUUUUCUGCUGCCUCCUGAAUCUGUUUUAUUUUCUUCUGACCAACAAUUACAUUUCUCACAUCUUGUCGAGUCUGGGGCAUUGAAGCAUGGGUGUGGCGUAGAGGACUGGAAUUAUUUUACUUUCAACAAAGAGGCAGGAGAGUUGGCUGAUGGGGGUGGUGGGUGUUAUAUACCAGUGAUGUAAGUGGUAGGGCAUUUUCCUGGGAUGGUGAGGACCCUUGCAGAGAGCCUAAGGCUGGACACAAAAGGGAAGCAAAUGGUGAUUGAGAAUUGAGGGGAGGGUCUGGGGCCCUGUUGCCCUCCUGUCCAGCUCUGUCACCACUGGGGGGG